GAGAAGCGCGGCCCCGGGUGGCUGGCCGGCUCCCGCCCUGCUUCCCGCCCUCGCCCGGCCGGGGGCGACACCGGCCCUUGCCGGGCCCCCACACGACAGAGGGGGGCUCUCCCGGCCUGCUCGGCGGGGCCCAGACAAAGGAAGGUAACGUGGACGAACCGGGACGAGACAGCAGCAGCCCCAGCUCCCCCGGGCAAGAGCGCCCGCCACAUCCUUCCUCGCUCAGCCGGAGCCAACUCCAGCAGCGGGCGAAGUAACCCGCGCCGUGGGUCGGAGGACACCGAGCGAGACCAGUGUGCGAGAGUAGCGAAGAGCGGCGGCGGAAGGAAGAGAGAGGUGCGGGACCGGUGGCUCACCAGGAUCCGCUUGAAGAGGUUGCUCUCCUUGGGCGGCAGCGGCACGGACGGCAUGCUGGUGGAAAAAUAAGAAGCAAAAUGAAACCUUUCCAAAGGGUCUGUCGUUUCAAGAGCCUGCUUGCCAAUUGCUGCUGUCACGGUCAGCUUCACAGCUGUCUUCUCCCUCCCACUGCAAAGAAGAUAGGUUGUGCAGCGGGACUGCACAAUGGUGGAUUUUGGAAACCAAAAUCUUUAUUGGACACGGCUAGAUUCACUCUGUCUUUUAACAGCAGGCAUAGGAAAAACCAUCAGGAUUCUCAAGCAUUAUGGAAGCAGGAAGCAGUGCAGAAAUAUCUGGAGACACUAAGCAAGGAAUACCAGCAGGUUAGUCAUCUGUUAAAUGCUGACUCAGUAAAUGACUUUGAGCAAAGAACCCUGAGGAGAAGAUGUGCCGAUCUGUCCCCAAUUGCAGCUGCAUUUCAGAAAAUCAAAGAAGCUGAAAAAGAAGUUCAGGAGUUAGAAGCUAUGUGCAAAGAGCUAGAUAGCAGAGAUGAGAAACAACUUCUAGAGCUUGCCUUAGAAGAGAAGGAGACCUUGGAUAAAAAAAUCAACGUGUUGUGCAGAAAGCUUUUCCAGCUUCUAGUGCCAAAGGAAAAAUAUGAUAAAAGUCAUGUCAUACUAGAAGUGACAGCUGGCAGAACAACUGGAGGAGACAUCUGCCAACAGUUCACUAAAGAAAUGUUUGAGAUGUACCAGAACUAUGCAGACUAUAAAUGCUGGACCUUUGACAUUGUGAACUAUACACCAGCUGAGAUAGGUGGGUUGCAUCAUGCUUCUGCUCAUAUUUCGGGAGAUGAUGUCUACAGGCAUCUGAAAUAUGAAGGAGGGACUCAUCGAGUCCAGCGAAUCCCUGAGAUGGGCCUGUCAUCACGAAUGCAGCGUAUUCACACUGGGACAAUGUCAGUUAUUGUUCUCCCUCAGCCAGAGGAGGUUGAUGUUAAAGUGGAUCCCAAAGAUUUGCGUAUAGACACAUUCAGAGCCAAAGGAGCAGGAGGGCAACAUGUUAACAAAACUGAUAGUGCUGUGAGAAUUGUGCACCUUCCCACAGGACUAACAGUUGAGUGCCAGCAGGAGCGAUCCCAGCUGUUGAACAAGGACAUAGCUCUGCGAACACUGAGGGCUAAGCUGUACCAGCAGAUCAUUGAAAAACAGCUCAAUCAAGAACAGAGUGCCAGAAAACUGCAGUUGGGAACAAGAGCCCAGUCAGAGAGAAUCCGUACUUACAACUUCACCCAGGACAGAGUCACUGACCACAGGAUCUCGUACGAUGCACGCAAUAUCAAGGAAAUUCUAAAUGGGAAAGAAGCACUGGAUAAGCUCAUCAACAGACUGCUGGAGUUUGCAGAGAUGGAGGCUGUCACUGAGUAUCUAGAAAGUUUGCAGGCUGUCGAAGGAGGAGGCUGCUGAAGGCCUUGCAUGGAGAUAGAGCAGAAAUGUGUUCGGUAGGAAACCAGAUGCAUUUGUUACAUAAGUCUGUGCCUCUGUUUUUCAGGGUGUGAUGCUACUCUUUUAUACUUGGGUGCAAAUGGAUUGAAUUCAUUUUAGCAGAAAAGAACAAGCUUGGGGUACUGUGUGUGAAUACCAUCCGUCUUGGCAGCACGGCUCUGUUAAGCUGGACCUCUUGACAUAUUGCAGCUGGAAAGACACAGAAUCGUGGUGAUGGAGCAGAAUAAAUACUACAUAGUGCAUGUUUUGGAGGUGGCAGAUGUUCCUCUCCAGGUGAAAGAACCUCAGCUCCCCAGACAAUCUAGAACCUGGCCUUGUGAAUGACUUUGAGUGGGUGAGCUUCCUAAAUGCAGUCUCUUCAAAAUAACUCUGUGUUAUGAUGCUUUAAUUUUUAGAGUGAAUAUACAAAAGCAAAGGCAGCAGUUUUGAGGCCUGUCAGCUUGCUUCUAGCCACUCUUGGGUCAGCUUAGGGUGGGACUGGACCGCAUGCUGCAGUGGUGUGUAAAAGUAGGUGUUCUGGUUUCCAGCCGAGUUGAUGAGAUUCCAGGAGAGGUUCAGCCAUGAUAGCAGGCAGCUCCCUGCUUCUUGGUCAGAGAAAAGAAGUUCACUGUGUUGUGUUUUAGCAAACGGGUAGCUCUGCAGUUCAUUUUCUGCCUUGAUGACUUUGGGAAUGUGGGCCUGUCCCUGAGCGUGAUCCAGUUGCUUACAGAGCAUUUGGACACAGCGGUUCAGGAAUACUGAUGUGUUUAAUGUCACACAAACUCAAGAGUGCUCUGCUGAACUGGGCUGACUUGCUACAACACGGUGUUUUUUAUCCUGCUCCUCCCAGGUUUUGCUAUAAAGCUGCUCCUCUGUACAAGCUUUUGCGUGUGAAGAAUCAGUUCAUUGUUAUGAUUUAAAUUAAGCCUUCUUGUUGAUUUAUAUUUGCACAUCUCUUCUGUGAUCACAAAUAAUACAGGACUGAGAAAAUGACAGUUAUUGUAAGGAAAAUAAACACUUUGACAUUGAGUUUAUCUAAAUUGUGUAGUUUUUACUACUGUAUAUUUAACAAACAACAGUUUUAACUUUAUUCAGCUGUAUUUAGAAAGAUGGAACUUGAACCAGGAAGCAAGUAGGAAAACUAUCCUCAGUUUCCCAAUUCUGGAGUUAUUUUUCAGUUCUUUGGCAUGUUUGCACAUUCUUAUCAGCGAGUUUUGUCUGGCAAUUUCUGACUUGCUCCCAGCACUUUUAAUUAUGAAAGCUCUUGGGUUUGCUUGGGCUUCUUUCAAUGUGUAGCCCUGUGAGUCAAUUGGGAAACACCACCACACAAUUUAAGAGUCAUCGGGACACUUGAACUUUGACUUCUUGCAGUAAGCAGUUCAGAAAUAAAACCUGCAGGAAGAUCUGCAGCUCAACUUCUACUUAAGGCAGUAACAGAAAUGCUAUGAACUAGUUUAUGUGCAUUCCCCACCUUUUAGAAGUGCAGAUCCUUAACUCUCAAGGGCAUCGCCCAUCAACCUUAGAGGAGCACAUAUGAGGACUACUGAAUGACAAUGUUAACAUCAGGUUUAUCUAUUCAGCUACAUUUGGAAAGUUGCUUCAACAAACGUCACCUAAACUCUGGUAAGAACUGUAAAAUUAAGUUUUAACCAGGGUUAUUUGUUACUUGUAAUUGAUGCACAGAACAAACCCCUUUCCAGUAAGUGCUGAAUGUGCUACUGGAAGGCACCAGACACUUCUACUGGUGACCACAAAAUUACAGUAUUUAUUUUAAGAAGCA